AUGCCAUCUGAAAACCCUCUUCCGGAUAAAAUGAGGUCUCCGUUACAUAAACUACAGAGUGAAAUAUCAAAGGAUCUACUGUCAAUGCGCCCAAGGACAAGGCCGAUGUUCAAUAAUUCCUCUUCUUCAGAGCUGGAUUCCAUUGUAAGCUAUUCGGCAAAUGGACUACAGACCUUGAAUGACAAUGAAAGUGUUUAUUCGUUUGAGUCAGUCUCGACCAAUGGUCGACUUUUAGACCGGUUAGACUUGGAUUCGGAAGACUUCAGUUAUGACGAUGAACAGACCACGCGAAGAGAUUCCUACAGCCUGAUACAUUCUACUGGCCGCUUAUUAGAUCGCUUGGGGCUCGAUGACAAUACCAACGAACAAGGUACCUCCAGUCUUCCGUCUGUUGAUCUGAGAGUAAAGCCAAUACGCGCCAGUUCUUCUAUAAGCUUGGAAAGGAUGAGAUCCGGUUCCAGCAUUCCCGCAAGAAUACAGUCUCAAAGUGCAAGAAUGCCAUUAAAAUCCACGACCUACAAAACAAUUCUGCGGCGGGAAAAUGGUUCUGUUGUGUCACUAAAAGCGGACUUUUCUAAUCUGUAUCAAAACUCCUCUACUUCUUUGGUAUCAUCUGAAAACUUGCCUCCUCCAUUGCCACAUACGCUUAUGCGGCUAGAUUCAACGGGAUCUAGAUCUUUUGUUUCCGAAAAUCAAGAACAAAGUAAAGAUGAGUAUUCGGAGAAGCCUGGUUCGAACACAUCUUCUCCAGAGACCAUCCACUAUAUCCCGUCCCCACAACCAAAUGGGAAGAGGAAUCUUUCAUCAUCCUCCAACGCAUCUAAUUCUUCGCUAGAGACACUGAACAUUCCCAUCUUCAAUCCAAACACUAAAUUUGACCCGUCUUUGGAGCAAAUGGUGAAGAAGGCAUUGCAAACGAAAGCCCAGGGUAACCUCCGGGAAGCGUCAUAUCUGCUUCAAACUAUAGCUAAUAUUCCCAACAAUUACCCCAAGGCCAUGUAUCUUUACGGAAAAGCACUCAAGUUAGGACAGGGGGUCAAAUUGAACGAAGCACAUGCAAUCAAAUGGUUCUCCCGCUGUAUUCUAGUAUCCUAUAUACUUGAGACCGUUACCAUCGACGCUAGUAGCAUGAACAAUUAUGCCACUAAAUUGAGCGAGCUAGGUCCGCAAGAGUGUGUUGCCAUGGUAAAGAAAAACAUAGAAACGGAAACAUUAGAUCCGAUUGCUUUGUUUGAUCACUUUUCAAGCUUUCCUCAGCAAACGAUUAACAAAAUGAUCCAGAUCAAUUCAAAGGAUAGCAAUACUGUUGGUGGAGCAUACUUUCAGCUAGGCGAGUGUGUAUUGCUAGGUUUAGACUCCUUGGUCAAAGACGAGGUUGUUGGUCGAAUGUUUUUAAGUAAAGCUGCUUCCUUGGGAUCUUCAGAAGCCAUGGUUAAGUUGGGCGAGCUUUGGAGCUCGAAGUCGAAGCAUUUUAAAAAAGAUUUACAUCAAGCUGCAGCAUGGUUAAGACUUGGAGAGCUCUUUGAUUCCAGAAUUAUAGGCAACAGUUGGAUUUACAAGGAAAAGUACAUGGCAAAGGGGAAAUCGAAAAGGUAA